CAUACUCCUGGGAUGGCCGUCCCCCGAUAUUUUCUGCCACGGGGUUGGGACAUUUGAAACAUGUGUACUUCAGGGCUCACUCCAGAUCCUUGCAUGAUUAUUAAUAAACUACUCUCUCAUACUUUCAUUUAACAAAAAUUAAUUGCAUGCCCCCUCUUACAGGACUUAUAAUGGCUGCCAGGAGCUUGGAGCUAAGCUACUGCCAGACCCAUGUAAACAAAUAAUAAUAAAUAACAAGGGAAAUAUUGAUUUAUGUACAAGGGGGUCUGUGAACACUGUAAAUGGAAAAAAUAGCUUGUUUUAGCAAGCUAUAAGGGUUUCCUAGGGUAUAGGAAAGUAAGUUGGUAUUGAGUAUCAAAAGACAAGUUGUAUCCUCUAGACAGACUUGGGGGGUGAAUGAGUGGUUAAGGGAGUUGGGUGGACAGUAUUCCAGGCAAGCGGAAAAACAGGUACAAAGGUGAUGGUGGUAGUAGGAGCUGAGAAAGUGUGCCAGGUUUGGAGAACUGGAGCAAAGCCUGAGAGCAGAAGAGUGGCCAGAGAGAAGGUGCAGGGCUGGAUUUGGGGCAGACCAGUCAAAGAGCCCCAUGCACAUCAAUCUUUAAGAAGUACUAAAAUAAAAAAAUACAGUUUCAAUUAGCUCAGACACUUGUGGCUCUUUACAUAACUUUUGAAACCUAAAUUGGUCCUAUUCCCUUGAGGUAAGACAGUGUCCUUGAAUGUUAUUUUAAUAAUGCUUCUGGCUGGUAAUUCCAAUUAUGCUGUAUUCAGUGCAUGUAAGAAAUUCUUUAUUUUAAACAGAAACUGGUUUGUAAUUCUUAUUAAUAGAAAAUCAAGUUCCUUUCAACUCCAUGUUGAACAGAUAUUUAAAGAAAAUUGACCUACUUAUGCACUGUCAAAUUAUUAGUCUUCUGGUAAUGGACUAUUUCUCCUUCGAGGCCUGGCCCCCCAUCCUGGUAAAAACAGGACUCUUUGAUCUGCCUAGGUGAGCGAGGCACCGGGAAGAAGCUAUAGCUUAUGACAUAUUGCCAAUUAAUUAUGUGUUUGGCACCCCAAAUAACUUAUGUAGUAGUCUUUUCUAAUAAAAAUUUUUUGUAGGAGUCUUAAAGGUAAACCUGUUUCUGUCCUAGAGCCACCAUAUUUUCCCGCGUAUUCCAAAAUAUCAAGGACUUCCAUAUUCUACACUGAGGUUUUGCAUACAUCCUGUGCAUGUGAAACAGGACUCUACAUUUAGUGUUCAAAAAUACAGUCUCUCUAUGAUGACUACACCCUAAAGUCGUGCGUAAGCUUUAAAUCAUUUCUAUGAGCAUCUACUGUUUUCAAAUCGAUUUCUUCUCUUCCUGGCUGUUGGACCGAAAACAAAUAAUCUAACCUUUCUGUGCUUCCAUUUCCUCAUGGGAAAGAACACUAAUUCCCGCAUUAUAGGUCUGUGCUGAGGAAUAAACGAGACAACACGUGUAAAGUGCUUGGCACAGUCCCCGACCACAGUCUGAAUCGUUCACCUAUCUUCAGCAGAGCUUCUGUACUCUGCAUCUGAGCCCUGAGCUCCCAGUCUGCAGUGUGACCCCGCCCAGGCUCGGGGUUCAGGAACCCAGGAGGAGGGCGUGUGCAGAAGAGAGUGCUUAGUGUAAGGGGUCAGAGUGCAAAGGUCAGAAGGUGGCCGGUGGCGGCAGUGUGCAAAGAAGUCCAAGGAGAGGUCCCCGGACUUCGAUUACCUUGGCGACCUCAGCGGGAGGGACAGACUUGCGGAGAUCCGCCUACACCCGCUUUCUAUCCCAGCCUCUUUUCGGUUUAGCUCCGCCCCUUUCUCUCGAAGCGGGCGCGGGGCUGAGGGGGAGCCGACGCCGACAGCGACGCCGACGCGGUUGCCUAGCGAUGCGCCUUUCCCAGGAUGCCUAGGAUGUUGUGUUCUUUUAACCAAUCAGAGAGGCGAAGCCAGCUCACCGCGGGCCAAUAGGCUGCCAGGCCAGGACCCGCGUCGGUUAAACCGGGCUGGAGACUGGUGCGGCCAGGUAGGUAGUGUGGCUCGGAGACUGCUCCGAGCCGGCGGAACGACCUGCAGGAGGUCUGCGGAGGGCCCGGCCAUGCCCACUCGGGCGGAGGACUACGAGGUGUUGUACACCAUCGGCACGGGCUCCUAUGGCCGCUGCCAGAAGAUCCGGAGGAAGAGCGACGGCAAGAUAUUAGUUUGGAAAGAACUUGACUAUGGCUCCAUGACAGAAGCUGAGAAACAGAUGCUUGUUUCUGAAGUGAAUUUACUCCGCGAACUGAAACAUCCAAACAUCGUCCGUUACUAUGAUCGAAUUAUUGACCGAACCAACACAACACUGUACAUUGUAAUGGAAUAUUGUGAAGGAGGGGACCUGGCCAGUGUAAUUACAAAGGGAACAAAGGAAAGACAAUACUUAGAGGAAGAGUUUGUUCUUCGAGUGAUGACUCAGUUGACUCUGGCCCUAAAAGAAUGCCACAGACGGAGCGAUGGUGGUCAUACCGUGCUGCAUCGGGAUCUGAAACCAGCCAACGUUUUCUUGGAUGGCAAGCAAAACGUUAAGCUUGGCGACUUUGGGCUAGCUAGAAUAUUAAACCAUGAUACGAGUUUUGCAAAAACAUUUGUUGGCACACCCUAUUAUAUGUCUCCUGAACAAAUGAGUCGCAUGUCCUACAAUGAGAAAUCGGAUAUCUGGUCACUAGGUUGUUUGCUGUAUGAAUUGUGUGCGUUAAUGCCUCCAUUUACAGCUUUCAACCAGAAAGAACUAGCUGGCAAGAUUAGAGAAGGCAAAUUCAGGCGAAUUCCCUAUCGUUACUCUGAUGAAUUGAAUGACAUUAUUACGAGGAUGUUAAAUUUGAAGGAUUACCACCGACCUUCUGUUGAAGAAAUUCUUGAGAAUCCUCUGAUAGCAGAUCUGGUUGCAGAAGAGCAAAGAAGAAAUCUCGAGAGAAGAGGGCGCCGAUUAGAGCCAGAGAAGCGCCAGGACUCCAGCCCGGUCUUGGGAGAGCUCAGACUGAAGGAGCUUCAGCUGCAGGAGCGCGAGCGGGCCCUCCAAGCCCGAGAGGAGAGGCUGGAGCAGAAGGAACGGGAGCUCUGUGUUCGGGAGAGACUGGCAGAGGACAAGCUGGCGCGGGCAGAGAGUCUGCUGAAGAACUACAGUCUGCUGAAGGAGCAGAAGUUCCUGCGUCUGGCGAGCGGUCCAGAACUUUUCGAUCUUCCUUCCUCGAUAAUUAAGAAGAAAGUUCAUUUCAGUGGCGAAAGUAAAGAGAACGUCAUGAGGAGUGAGAAUUCUGAGAGUCUGCUCACCUCCAAAUCCAAGUGCAAAGACCUGAAGAAAAGGCUUCAUGCUGCUCAGCUCCGCGCCCAAGCCUUGUCAGAUAUUGAAAAAAAUUACCAGCUGAAAAGCAGACAGAUUCUGGGCAUGCGCUAGCCCAGAGAGAGCCCCAGAGCUGUGUAUAGUAUGUAGCUUUGCCUACCUUUUAAAGAUUGAUAUUCAACUGCUGUAGCUUUACAUACUCGGUUCCAUGAGCCAUGCCUUUUUGUAUAGUGAGCAAGAUAUUUUAGAAUUACUUUGGUUGUUCUUCUGCAACAAUUGUACAAAAUGUACACACCUUUAAUUUUUCUUUCUUUAUAGAAAGAAUGACAUUUUCUUGGUGGGUUGGGCUUUUAAUCCUGUGUGUGAUUACUACUGGAACAUGAAAUAUGACAUUCUAAAGGUUGGGGGGAAAUAAUGUUAGGGAAAAAAAAAGUAGCCAGGCGUAGCACUUAGUGAGAAGUUUUAAAUGACUGAGUGGUGUUCUGACAGUUGUCGUGCCUCGUUGUAAGGUUUUACAUGUUCUUGAGCUUACAAAACCUAAUUGGAUACAAACCGGCCACUAAUACUGUGAACCUCUCGCUUGUAAGUGUCCCACUGGUCUGCAGUGGAAAUGUGUCCCCUUUUGUGAAAUUCAUCACUGUGAUGUCUAUAUUCUUCCUUUUUAUUCUAUUUAAGAGUGUUUCAGCUGGCUGUCCUUUACCACCUGUUUCUCACUAAAUAAAAGAAUGCUUUCGUUUUCCUGUA